UAAAAUAGCAGUUUCUUGUAAUUGAUACAAGAUUAAAACAAUUAUGAACAAAGAAAAUAUAAGUCCUCCAAUAAAGUGUGGAAAUUGUAACUGGUUAAUCAAUGGCUUGUUACAUGUUAGCCUGUUAGAGCAUUCAUGUUUUCGACAUUAUGAUGAGGAAAAACAUUUGCUACAUGUUGACGACAAUAAUGUUGCAUCUAUUAUUGAAAAGGAUCAAUCAAUAGACAUCCAAGCAAGCAAUGUUACUGAUUACAAUGAAGCGCUUAUUAAUGCUGUAUACGCUAGACCUGCAUUAUACAACUAUCGUAUACCACUCAAAGAAAGGACAUCUUUGAAAAAAAAGGCAUUAUGGAAUGAAGUCGCGAAUUUAAUGAGUACAAUGACAGGCACAAGUGACGUAGAAUUUGUUCAAAAACGAUGGAAGCAACUUCGUGAUAGUUACAUUAAGGCGAAAAAAAAGGAAAAGGCAUACGUGCCGAGUGGAUCUCCUGGAGGGGGUGUACAAAAUAAGAUUGUUUUUGCCUUUUACAACCAGAUGAAAUUCCUUGAUGAUACAAUAGAAAAACCGUGCACAAUCACUAGUUUAUCAACAGAUGUAGAAUGUUCAAUGCAACCAAAAAGUAAUACUACUCAAACGAUUCUGCCAUCUCAAACAAUUUCGACACCUCAAACAUCAGAUUCUAUCUCGUCGGAUAGCUGGGUUAAUCCGAUAUGUCAAAUGAUGAUACUUUUUCAUCUAAGACACAAUCAUCAAAGAAAAAAAAAAAGAAAGAAUGCGACGAUAGCUCAGACAUUGAAAUAACGAAAGCAAUCUUGUCCAGUAUUCAAGAAUCAAAAAAUACUCCUGAUGCUGUUGACAGGUUUUUCCUUCAAAUAGGAAAUAGAUUACGGGCACUGCCACAACGAGAAAGGAUAAAAUUUGAAAUAAAAAUAUUAACCGACCUUUAUGAAUUGGAAAAUUCAUUGCUUUAAAUUUGUGCUUUUCAUUUUUAUAUU